AAAUAAACUGUGGUGUGGCCACUUUAAUAGUGGGACUUUGCUCUACAUUAAACAAUUACAACAUAGUCACCCAAUAAUCCUAUUUAAAUCUGGUGGGUGUAGCUAAGUUGUGCAGUUCAGUUCAGUUCAAGCUUAACAGCGGUGAUUGUUUUUGUUCAAUGGCGACCAAUCAGCCGCUCCUCCAACCCCCCAAAACUCACCGCUCCAAAGCCUUCUCCAUAAUCCUCUGUUUCGCUACCAUUUUAUGCUCAGCUUUCUUCAUCGCCAACCACUUGAUCGGACCAAACCCAUCUGAAAUUGAUCAGCUCUUCCUCCAUAACAUCUGCCGUAAGGCUUAUAACCCAGCAUCAUGCGUUGCAAUGGCCGCCUCCGAAGUUCCCUUCCAUCGAGAAGCGAAAAUGACCAACGGCGUUCAUUUCUUACAGGUUUUCUUGAGGAAAUCCCUGACAAAAGUUACGGACACGAUCGAGAGAGCGAAUGAUCUCAUUCUCAGCCGUAGGAUCAACGACGCGCGUGGGGAAGCAGCGCUGGCGGACUGCCUGGAGCUCAUGGAGAUCUCCAUGGACCGAAUAACGGACUCCAUUUUGGCUCUGGCUCUGAACAACAAAACGAGUGUGCCCAUCGAAGAUGCCCACGCGUGGCUCAGUAGCGUGCUCACGAACCACGUCACGUGCUCCGAUGAGUUGGAGAAGUCACUGCUCGGAACCACGGCGGCGGAGCUAGGGCUGGAGGAGUUGAUUAUGACGGCGAGAAACUCUCUGGCCAUGUUGGUUUCGAUUUCGCAACCGGAACCGGAACCCGAAAUUGAGGGACAAAUUGGGUUUCCGGGAUGGCUGAAGAGUGGGGAUCGGAUGCUUUUGGGGGUCACGGGCCAGCAAAUCAAAGCCAAUAUAGUGGUGGCCAAGGAUGGGAGUGGGAAUUUCAAGACGGUGAAGGAGGCGGUUGCGUCGGUUCCAGAUAAAAGUAAGAACAGAUUUGUGAUAUACGUGAAGAAGGGAACUUACGAGGAGAAUGUAGAAGUCGAAAAGAAGAAGAAGAAUGUGAUGAUCGUUGGAGAUGGAAUGGAUUCCACCAUCAUCACUGGCAGUCUCAAUGUUGUUGACGGAUCUACAACUUUUAAAUCUGCAACUGUAGCUGCCGUGGGAGAUGGAUUUAUAGCCCAAGAUAUCUGGUUCAGGAACACCGCCGGGCCUGAAAAGCACCAAGCGGUGGCACUUCGCGUCGGAGCCGACCAAUCCGUCAUUAACCGGUGCCGUAUCGACGCUUACCAAGACACUCUAUACACACAUUCCAACCGCCAAUUCUACAGAGACUCCACAAUCACCGGCACCGUCGACUUCAUAUUCGGGAACGCCGCCGUCGUACUACAGAACUGCAAAAUAGAAGCCCGUCGGCCCAUGAGCAACCAGGCCAACAUGGUUACGGCCCAAGGCCGAAUCGAUCCGAAUCAGAACACUGGAACUUCCAUCCACAGAUGCCAAAUCGUGGCAAGCUCUGACCUCGAGCCCGUUAAACGGUCCAUUAAGACAUAUUUGGGCCGCCCAUGGAAGGAGUAUUCGAGGACCGUCAUCAUGCAGUCCAGAAUUGGCGAUCUUAUAGAUCCGACGGGCUGGGCCGAGUGGAAUGGGGACUUUGCACUGAAGACGCUAUAUUACGGUGAGUAUUUGAAUAAUGGGCCGGGCUCUGAUGUUAGCAAGCGAGUCAAAUGGCCCGGUUACCGUGUCAUUACCAACCCGGCUGAGGCCCAAAAGUUCACGGUGGAUUCACUAAUACAAGGAGGUGAUUGGCUGGGCCCUACAGGCGUGACUUUCAUCCCAGGGCUGUGAUUCUACGCUUGUGCUCAACGGUUGGAUCUUUUUUGCAGUGAUUGCAAGAUAAUAAACAAAAAGAAAAAAGAAAACCACUUGUUGGAGAGUUAAUCGCUACUUAAUGCGGUUUAGUAGGAUAAUUAUCGAGCUAGAAAAUAUAUGAGAUAAAUAACAUUUUGUCAAGGGACUGCCCUAAAUUACUGAUCAACCAUAAUGAUAUCAUUACUCUAUAAAUAAUAAAAAUGAUAUUCCACCCA